GAGGAAGUGGACCGACAGGAGGGAGAGGAGUCGUCGGUGUACCGCUGUAUCUACGCACAGUUUUACAGUUUCUACAAGGGAGCAGCAGACAAUACCCCUGGGCCUCGGGACCAAGAUGUCUGCUGUUGUGGUCUCGCGUUUCUUGCGGGGUGUAAACCGGCCCAUUAUUUGCGUGAUCCGCGAUCACCAGAGACUCUACUGCAGAGUGUCGCGUCUUCCCCCCCGCACCCUCUCCCGACCCAGACGGGCCAAGCCGUCUGGCUCCUCUUCCCAGAACGGACCCAGUGUACCCUGGGCUGAGCGGCAGCCCUCCUCCCAGGAGGAGCCAGACUUCUACCUGAGUGGCACGCAGGUGGACGGAAUCCUACGGACCAACGAGCAGGCUGUGGUCAACCCCGAGUUUGAUGGGCGUGGUCCGAGUGCUGUGCUUCGCUUUGAGAGCAACCAGUUGGCAGCGAACGUGCCCAAUGAGGAUCGGCGCAGCGCCGCCACCUGCCUGCAGACCAAAGGCAUGCUUUUCGGUGUAUUUGACGGCCAUGGUGGCCACGCCUGUGCACAGACGGUCAGCGAGCGCCUCCUCUACUAUGUGGCCGUGGCCCUCAUGCCCCAGCGGGUUCUGGAGGAGGUGGAGAAUGCCAUGGAGAGCGGGCGCCCUGUUCCGCCCAUCCUGAAGUGGCACAAGCACCACAGUGACUACAGCUACCGGAAACUUACCUCGCUGUACGUGGAGAACCUGCGAGUCUUCUGGCAGGAGUUGCUGCAAGGUGAGGAGUCUGGUGCCGGGGGGAGCAUGGGACCCUCAGAUGCGCUUGUCUAUGCCUUCCGCAGGCUCGAUGCCGAUAUCUCCCUGGAGGCACAGGCAGCUCAGGCCAGUGAGCUCAUGAGGAGUGCUGCAGUGCAGGCGGCCUUUGCAGGGUCCACGGCCUGCGUGGCCCACAUUGGGGCGGAGGGGGUGCACGUGGCCAAUGCCGGGGACUGCCGUGCCGUGCUGGGGGUGCAAGAGGAGGACGGCAGCUGGAGCGCCGUGCCGCUGUCACAUGACCACAACGCAGAGAACGAGAGGGAGCUGGCGCGGGUCAGGGCGAGGCACCCCAAAGCCGAGGAGGGCACCGUGGUGCAGGACGGGCGCCUGCUGGGCAUCCUCAUGCCCCUCCGGGCUUUUGGUGAUGUACGCUUCAAGUGGAGCCAGGAGCUACAGCAGAGUGUGCUGGAGAAUGGCUGCGACCAGGACUCCCUCAACAUCUUCCAGUACUCGCCGGCCAACUACCUGACGCCACCCUACCUCGACGUAACCCCAGAGGUGACCUACCACCGACUGCGGCCAAAGGACCGCUUCCUCAUCCUGGCGUCAGACGGGCUGUGGGAUGCAUUGGGCAGUGAGGAGGCCGUGCGCCUGGUGGCUGAGCACCUGACGGGCUUGCCUAUGCGAGCGCCCGUGUCGGCUAGUGAGCGCCAGGUGAGCCUGGGCCAGAUGCACACGCUGCUGCAGCGGCGUCGUGCCCGGGCUAUGCCCCCACCAGACACUAACGCUGCCACGCAUCUCAUCCGCCACGCCAUCGGUGCCAACGAGUACGGGGAGCUUGAGCAGGAGCGCCUGGAAGCCAUGCUGGCUCUGCCUGACGACCUGGCCCGGAUGUACAGGGAUGACAUCACGGUUACCAUUGUCUAUUUCAACCCCAACAUCAGCAAGCACAGCAGCACCUAAAGGUGGCUCUCUAGUGACCCUAGCGUUACUCCACUGCAUGGCAUAGUGGUUAGAGCCGUCGACCUCCACUCGAUGCACACAGGUUUGAAUCC